AUGUUUAGAACUUGUAUUAUUAGAUCAGGAAUUUCCAUUUCUUCUAAACCAGUAUUAAGAACAAAUGCUAUUCGUGUAGUUGUCAGAACUUUCGGAUCCACUUCAACAACAUCAGCCUGGGGUUUUACUAAGAAAGCUCCAGAAGGAGAACAAGAAGCACCCGAAAAGGAAGAUCCACAAGUUGCACUUCUAAAGGUCGUGAAGGCUUUUCAACAAAACCCACAAUUGAUGCAAUUAACUCGAGAAUUUAAAGAUAUACUUGAAAAAAAGGGAUUAUUCCCACUUCCAGAAGGUCAAACUACUCCAUCGAUGAAAAUAUUGAUUAAAAUGAUUUCAGAUCUGGAGAUUAGGGAUCAUAUUGAGAAAUUAAGGACAGCUAUGGCUGAAAAUGGUAUAGAUAUCUCUGAUAAAGAUUUCGCACAAAUUGCUGGGAAUUUAACAUUCUUAAAUAAAGUAUGA